CCUCAGAUUUCCCUGUAGAAAAUGUAUCUUCUUGUGGAUUACCAAACUAUCAGUUAAAUUAAAACAUAAAAAUAUAAAUGAACGGGAACAAGGAAAAUUUUACUGACAUUCUAUCUUGAAGCGAAGAAAUUAGUAACAAAAAAUUAUGAUUUUUACGAGUGAAUUUAGGCCGUAAAAUCACAAUAGUCAGUUUCAAUAACUGUAACUAGUCGUCGGCGGCUCCUGAAACCUAAGAUCAAUGAUGGUGAACUCGAGCCUUGCGCCGCCGGUGGCGGGAGGAGUGGACAGGCUCGACCCCAUCAAACAAGAAGACGACCACUACAGCUCCUCGUACCUCACGUCAGAGGCUCACAUCGCCCAGCAUUACAGUAACAUCUACGACAAGUCUUUGUAUAUGUCGACAUUACCGCUAAACCAUGACGCGAACACAACUAUUGCAUCCUCGUACCAUCUGCACCACAGCCUUGAGAACAACAACCUCAUUCAUCACCACAACAACAAUUUGGAACAGCCAAGUUACCCCAACGACUUACCUGGUAGCCUGGAUGACAGGAUAAGAGGUGUCACUGAGUCCAUGGAUCAUCAUUUGGAUCACCGAUGCGUUGAAAGUCUUGAUCAUUCCAGUAAUAUAGAAACCGAUACAACUAGAUCACCGUACCAUCAGCACGUACUCGACGUCGGCAGCAACGUUAGCUUGUACAACCAAAAUCCAAUGGAAAGUAAUUUAGAUACAAGGAAUAGAGCUCAGUACUCAGAUCAUUUACUAGGGGUAGAAUCGAGCAUAGGUCGAGCUUCGUACCUAAAUGACAUGCAGCCGACCUCGAACGAUCAUCUAGUUCAAAGCCACAGAAGUCUUAAUAUCGGCAAGCCGUACUCCAACAUAUUUUCUAGAGUCAAUAAUCACGUCCAUCAAGAGUCAGUUUAUUCACCACUAAUGUAUUCUUCCACUGAAGACCAGGACAAAAACAUGGAAAAAUUAGACGACUCGGAAAAGAGACAAGAGGAAACGGAAGAUCCAUUACUAAUUCGUGACGAUGAAAUGUGCAAAAAAGAGUUCACGCCGUCCAGGAAAGGUUACGAGCCAAUGGAAAAUUAUCAGACAAAUUUUAACGGAGUGAACCCUCAUGAAAAUUCGUCAGGGUCUGGAAGAUUAAACAAGUCAGAUAUCGAGGUCUGCCCCAAGGAUGACGAGGAGAAAAUGGAGGAUACGAGCCCCGUCGACGAAGAGCAAACCAAGGAGAAAAUUAAGGAAGAAACAGCCGAAGAUAAAGAAGAUGAGAAGAACGAGAACUUGACUAAGCCGCCGUACUCGUACGUGGCACUCAUCUCCAUGGCCAUCAAAGCCAGCAAGGACAGGAGGCUGCUCCUGAGCGACAUCUAUCGGUGGAUAGCGCAGAACUUUCCGUACUACGCGAAGCAGAAAAGCAAAGAGCAGCAGGGCUGGAAGAACUCAAUCCGACACAACCUCAGCCUCAACGAGUGUUUCAUCAAGGUGGCUCGCGAGGGAGGAGCGGGAGGAGGCAAAGGCAACUACUGGACCCUUGAUCCCAACCACGAGGAGAUGUUUGAACCCGGCAACUACAAACGACGAAAGCGGAUGAAGCGCCAGAACAUUUACCGCUACCCCGGCCCCCACCUCCCCAGUGCCUACGACCCUGCCUUCUACAGGCUCCCGCCGUCUAGCUUCUAUCCGUCACCACACCAUAUCGGUGGAGGCUGGGGCCUGAGUCAAAUGCAGGGCAGCUACGGCAGCCAACGCAGCCACACUCCGCACAGCUACUCCUACUCCCAUGUCAACCAGUUCCACUCGAGCAUGCAGCUGAGUUCCUCCUACCAGCAACUGAGCAGUUCCUUCAGCUCACCUUCAUCCUUCGGCAUCUCUCCCCUCGGCUCGUCUCCCCUCGGCUCGGCUUCCAUCAGCUCAUCAGCCCUCGGGCCGUCGCCGGGCCAAGGACAAAGCUCGGUUUUGUCUUCCACUGAUUGGUCCAGUGGAGGGUUCGGGAGCUCGUUCUCGUCCCACCUCGCACCGCCCCCCGCGCUGCACGGCGGGUGCGGCAGCCCUUCUCUUCCAUCGUUCCCUUCAACUAUCGCCACUCCUUCAGGAUUCUUGGGCCCGUCGGUACUCUCAUCGUCCCCGGCGUCUCAGCACUACGGAAGCCCAGCCAGCAACCACACCGCAAACUCCCCUGCCUCGGCAUCAGGCGGGUUCUCCUCGACCGAACUCAACGGCGCGUGCAAGAGAGACGAGUCCUUGCUGGACUCCUCGGCGGCGCAGUCUGGCGGCCAGUUCUCGACCCUGCCCUCCUACUACUACUGGCCGGAUACUAAACUUUGAAGCAACUCUAGCCUUCUAUCUAUGACUGGCAUGAUACUUAACUUUGAAGCAACUCUAGCAUUCUAUCAAUAUCUGGCCUGAUAAUAAACUUUGAAGCAACUCUAUACUUCUAUCUAUGACUGGCCGGAUACUAAACUUUGAAGCAACUCUAUCCUUCUAUCAAUAGCUGGCCGGAUACUAAACUUUGAAGCAACUCUAACCUUCUAUCAAUAGCUGGCCGGAUACUAAACUCUGAAGCAA